CUUACCGCUCCGUCUACCAUGAUCCCUUUCGGUAUUUCGGUAAAAUUAUCAGUGCAGAAAAGAUAAAUUUUUCGCGACAAAAACAAAAGUGUAUAACUGCGUCCUUCUGUGCAGCUUGCCGUGUAGUUUGGCAAAUUAAACGUGCUACAAUCUAGCAAAGCUACAGGAAGGUGAUACAAAUUACGGCCCCCUACCCAUACUCGACCUUCAAAGAAACAUUCGCAAAAUCGUGCGGUACAGCAGCAGCAGCAGCACCGAGCGUGUGUGUGGUUGCCGAAAGACCGCAAAAUUAAGACGUAAUCUUUCCGCUCCGAACAACUGAAGUGGAUUAUUGCAAUUGAAGUCGUACAGCUGCCGCGCUGUGCAAUUUGAUCGCAAACACUUUAGGCUUUCAGCUUGCUUUAGAACACACGCAAAACGAUCGUGGCCGUGAUUAUCGGUUGAUCACCGUCUAUAUUUAUAUUUUCUACCAACCAUUUAACCGGUUCCCGGUGCGGACCAGCGCCCAGGCCGUCAAAAUUAGUGGCGAAACACGGGUACGCAAAAUGUCCCUCAGCUCGGACUCGCCGGAUGCGAAAAAGCCCUGCAAGGGCAUCCUCAAGUCCUCCAGCAGCUUCGACAAGCAUUCGGCGGCAUCGUCAGUGCACAGGAAAAGUGCAAAGUUUGAUGAGCUCAAUGUGCUGCAGACGCAUCACCCGCCCGAUAAAGAUUACGGCCACAUGAAGGUGGACGAGCCGAAGACGCCCUAUAACUACGUAGAAUCGGACGACGUUGAUCAAUUGGAUGCGGAGCUGCUCGCCGAAAGAUUACGUGCGGCCGAUGCACGGAGCGAUGCCGUCUCGGAAGAGGACCUGGACGAUGACGACGACGAUGAGGAGGAGGAGGAAGAGCUGACGGAGGAGCAGAAAAAGCGCAAGCAAGAGUUUGAGCGACGCCGCAAAGCGCACUACAACGAGUUCGAGGCGAUCAAGCUCGCCCGCAAGCUGAUCGAGGAGGACGAUGAGGAGGACGAGGACGAGGAUGGCGAGGAGCAGCGGAACAAAGCGACCGGCUCGUCGUCGUUGUCGGGCCCGAGCACAGUGAACCCUUCCGGUGCGAUUGCGGUGGACGGGUCGGCCGGCAAGGAGGAAACCGGCAUGGAAAUUGAGGAGAUCGAGGAAGCGAGCGGGCGCACAGCGAAGAAGGCCGAUAGUCCGGUGGCACGGUUAAAACCAGUAUCGAGCUCGAUCAUACUGGAGGAAUGUUCCGAAAUGCAGGGCCCCCGCAGCUCGGUCAUUGCGCUGAUCAUGAUCGUGUCGAUAUGUUUAAUGAUAUUCUUUAUCGUAUGCUUCACGUUGCUGUUUUAUCUGCUGAAACGGAAUGACGAUUAACGAUAGCUUUAUGUGCGGGAGUGUGUUUCCCUGUUUCUUUGUUUCUUUUUGUCAUUUGUGAGUGAGACUUUACAACUAGAUAGGAUGAGGAUCGUUUUCUUUAUGCACCUAGGAGAAGGGAAAUAUUCAUUAAGCAAUUAUGCGCGUGUGUAGGUAGACCCGACUGUUUAAUCAAAUGCUAAGAGGCAAAUUUAUCAACCAUCGAGCGAGUUUAGUUCAUUAUGUGUGUACUGAGAACGCAACCUAACCCAUAUGAUAAUAUGAUUGAAUUUUAAAUAACCUCGCACACAAUGGUUUAUUUGUUUCUAGUAGUAUAGUUUCUUUUGGUAAAACACUCCCAUUUAUGAAAUUAAUUCAUUUAUUUUUAUAAGGUUCCUUUUUUGCAACGGGAAGUAUGAGUGUGCUGUUGCUGAAGAAGCGGGAGAGAAAUUUAGGAAAAUGUUUAGUUUGUUUUCUACCCGCCACACACCACAAGUCGACUAACAUAACCUAAAUACCUCUCUCUCUCUCUGUGUAUUACCAGUUGUUAGGAGAUUUUUGUUUUUCGUAAUAAUUUUGAUCAUGUUGCUAUCAGGAACAACUAGCCAAUCAGUGCUCUGUCAGUGUCACGUUUGCUGUGUGUUGUGUUUUUGGUAACAGUUUCUGCGUGAAAAGCGUGCGCGCGUGUGUGUUUUAGCAGUAUCCAGCAGCAGUAAACGCAGCAGCAGCAGCAACAACAGCCGGGAUGUAAUGUUGAGUACUUGCUCUGGUGUACCGGGAUCGGAUCGAUCGACCACUGCACAUCUUUCGUAGCGUCACCGUCGGCGUCAUGAUCUUGAGCGAUCUCUGAACCGGAGCAUGUGUAUAUCUGGUAAUCGAACCGAACCGGAGAGAUUGGGAAACUAUCUAUAGAUGGGUAAAAGAUUGCUGCACAAUCAAAUCAAAUCCGGGUUUUGUUCCACUAUCGGUACCGGUGGGUGUAGUCGCCAGAACAAUGAUAGAACUAAUUACCAGUACACAUGCAGAAAGAGGCAGGAGCGUAAACGUAACCAAUACAUAGAUGAUAGGCGCUUAGUAUAGAUAACAAUAUUUUUUUCAUUAUUUCCGUUUGCUUAAACAACAAAAAAAACACCGGUUGGCACGCGAUAUUGUGACGUGCUUGCUUGCGUAGUACCAGUAAGCGUAAGAAAUGGGAUUAAAGAAGAAGCAGAAAAAGCUAAAAAAUAGAAUAUCGAAGUAAAACAAGAACAUUCAUAAAAUAAAAGUAUAAAAAUUGUCAAAAUUCAAUUAUAAAAAAAGAAAACAUAACAUACGCAUACGGUCGAAACCAAACGAACAAACUAAGCAAUAUAAGUACUGCAAUUGAAAAAACUUAACAAAAACACUUUAUAAUUUCAAGAUGUAAGCAAAAGAAGGAAAAAAACCCAAUUAAAAUGUCUAAGGUUGGCAAAGAAGAAGUCUCUUGUUGAGCGUAACAUUUAAAAAAAACAGUCAAGGGUACCAACCACCUAAUAUGAGAUAAUCAAAAUGAUUAAAGAAACAAGAUAAAAAACAAAAACAGAAAUACGCAAAAAUAGCUUACAAAAUAAAGAAAAGUGUCCCAGUGGUAAAGCAAAUAGAUAAGAUAAGAAAGUAAAAGCUUAUUUGUAAUAAAAAAAAAGAAACGCAAGAAGGAAGUGGAAGCAGUUCAGAAGGAACUGUCGGCUGUUUUACAACAACUCGUUAGGAGGAAAAGUCAUGUAGCGUCGUGAAUGGAUCUGUUGUUAUUUAAUUAGCUGCGAGGAAUUUGUUAAUGUGAAACCAUGGCCCCGGGUCAAGCAGAUUUGCUUGCGUAAUGUCUCAAAAUUAAAACAAAAGAACGCUUUACACGCAGUUGGGCAGCGUUUAAAACACAUAAACUAAACCAUUGGAAGAAACGAGGAUCUGCUUUAUUGUACAGUUUACGAAAAAACACACACAACAUAGAAAGCAAUAGAUUCCUUUUAAAUCGUGACGAAACAAUUGGCUGAUUAUGAAAAGCGCUCUUGUGAAAACUUGUAAAACACAUAAACACGAGUAUUUAUUUUGACCCAGCACUUCUUAGAAAUCGAGGCCAUUCGGGGCCAGGGCCUAGCUGCAUACCACCGUCUCAUCCAUCCAGAACCGAUUGUUUGUUUUAAAGUUAGUCACAUUUGCAGCUACAAAUGCACCCGGUUUGUUAUGAGUGAGAGGAGAGGGCGAGAAGUAAUGGAGUGAGAUUUAGUUUCUAAUUUUAAUUCAUAGUUAAAGUUUGUAACGUAAGCUUGUGCGAGCGCCCCGUUGCUUCACCGUUUUAUUCGACAGGCGUGGUAACGUUGAGUGGCAUCUGGUUUAGUGGCUUAGUGUAGGGGUUUUCGAGGGAAGGCGUAGUAGAAGCGAAUGCGAAUGGAUUGGAAAUUGAAAAUACGUUAGCAAAAUUAAUCAAAAAAAGGAAGUACCGCCAGCAUGAAAACAAGCAAUAGAGUGAAAGUGAUGUGGCAGCGAGGGCGGCGGAUGAGCAGCGUGAGUUAAAGGAAUUUUCUUGAAUAAAUUAAAGUCGUGAAUUGAA